CUACCCCUCUUCUUUCUCCCAUGCAUCAUCACUCUUGUCUCUCUUUCUUUCUCCUUCUCCAACAUCACUAUCUCUUACCUAUCUCCAUAUCAUAUUUCAAUUUGUCUCUCAUAUACAUCCAAAACUAUAUACUGUAGUAUAUAAAGAUGUCUAGCAGGAGGUCACGGUCUAGGCAAACAACUAGUUCAAGGAAUAUCACCGACGAUCAGAUCCAUGAUCUUGUUUCCAAGUUGCAGCAGCUUCUUCCUGAGAUUCGCAAUAGGACCUCUGACAAGGCUUCAGCUUCGAGGGUGUUGCAGGAGACAUGCAACUAUAUUAGAAAUUUGCACAGAGAAGUGGACGACCUUAGCGAACGUUUAUCUGAGCUACUGGCUACAACAGACACGGCACAAGCAGCAAUCAUUAGAAAUUUACUUAUGCAAUAGAUUCAUUAAUGUUUAGCUAUUUUGUCAAAGUUUUCUUAGUUAGUUAGCAGUACCAUGUGAGCUGGUGUAUUUCUUCUACGUUUUCCGUGUAUUUCCUAAUUAUGUUCACUCAAUGCAAGUUUUUUUAGUUUAAUUUAACUAAAGAUAGUAUCACUUUUCUCA